UCCAGUGAAACCAAAUGUCAGCACCUCAAAAGAUGUCCUUUGGCCCCAGUUGGCAGCAUUGUGGUUUUCUGGAUGGCAGCAGAGGACAGGGAAUCAAUGGAAGCCCGGGGAGCGGGAGAAAGCUGUCCAACCUUCCCCAAGGUGGUGCCUGGUGACCCCAUGUCUGAAGGGAAGUCAAGGCCUUCUUUGGAGGCCGAGUCCCCGAAGCCAGACUCUUCCUACGACUACCUGGAGGAGAUGGAAGCUUGCGAGGACGGAGGCGGCUCGGGGCCGCCCAAGUCCCUGUCCUCGAAGGCCGCUCCCAUCGCCAAGGGCCAGGCAGGGGACGGACCCGAGCUCGAGGAGCUGCCUCCGGCCCUGGCCGCCCCCGGGACGCCGGGACCCCAGUGCAAGGCCGAGAUGGAGCUGGAGAAGGUGCGCAUGGAGUUCGAGCUCACGCGGCUCAGGUACCUGCAUGAGGAGAACGAGCGCCAGCGGCAGCACGAGGAGGUGAUGGAGCAGUUGCAGCAGCAGGCCAUGCCCCGCCUGUUCUCGGGAGGCCUCCAGGACCUCCUGCUCCCCCAGAACCAGUUUGCCAUGUUCCUGUACUGCUUCAUCUUUAUACACAUAAUCUAUGUCACCAAGGAGAUGGUCUUCUUCCUCUUCUCCAAGCACUACCUGUUCUGCAUUGCGGCCAUUUUGCUCUGUUUGAUUAAAACUUUAUGGUCCUAUUUCCAGGUGCUUUUGCUCCCUCCGUCACUGGGAACCUCCAUGCUGGACGGUAAUUAG